AUGUUUCUGCUCACCCACUUCCUCAUCUUCUCCCAGUUGUCAUCACCUCAUUCCCCACAGGGAAUAGCACUGUGUGCCUGGGAAUUCUUGCUGUUGCAUAUGGACCUGCCACAUCCACACCUCGAACCUGCCAGACUGCUUAACUCCUUCUGCUCUGUGGAGAAGACAUUGCAGUGCAGCUGUUCCUUCCAUGGGAUCCCCACACCCUCUGUGCAGUGGUGGGUGGAUGGUACUCCUGUGGAUGUGAACAGUGGACAUGGUCACCUCCAGGUGACCUCUACCACACUUGGUCCCUGGGACAACAGCACCCUCAGCCUGGCCAAGGACCCAGAAAUAGGCACAGUUCUUCUCUGUGAGGGAAAGAACCAACAUGGAAUCGAUGGUUUGAGCAUCCUAUUGAUGUCGAGAAGGAGCCCUUUGGCUCCCCAGAUUUUUCUUGAAGCUCUGUUACGAGGCGUUGUCUACGCGGCCUUGGCAGUCACACUACUUUUUCUCUGCCUCCUCCCCUUCAUAAUGAAACUUCUCAGGAUGAAGCAGGCAAAGAAGUGUGCGCAGAUGAGGGCACAGCAGGACUCUACGGCUGGAACAGACCAGGGAUCCCAUGUGAAGCCCCAAAAGCCUAGGAAAUCCAGAAGUGAGCCACCCUCUGAGGAUCAGCUCUUGGAAAAGGAAGAUAACCUAAAGCUGAGGAAGACCAUGGAGACUGCAUCCUAUACAAAGUUCCCAUUACCCUGGGAAUUACAAAAUCCCAUGGAGACCCCAGAAGCCCCAGGUCCAUAA